AGAGAGUGCUUUUUGUCGCAUACUGCUUAUCCAGCACAAAAGGUUUGAAUUCUCGCACGUGACAAACACCAAAAGCGGAAAGUGCAAACCACACUGAAUUUACAGUUCCACCUUAGAUCAAGCUUUGUAAGAGUUGAGAGAUAGCUAAAUACAGUCAAAAAUAUAUAACAGCCCAAGUUACUAGCACAAUGAAUUAUCCAUUCGUUGUACAUUUUUCUUUGGUACAGAAUGUCAUCUCAUUCAGAAAGUGCACCUUUGCUUUCGCAGAACUCUUCCACUCCUGUUCCUUACUUUAAUCUAGCUUCUACUCAGUUCCCCAAACCUGGAAGUAAUAAGAAUUAUAUUAAUGCCAAUUUUUUCAACAAUUUCAAAAAAAAAUUUAACAAAGUAUUGUCUCAUGAAAGAAGACUUUAUUUGUUGGGUUUAUUUUAUUUAUUUAUCACUGUUUCAACCUGGAUUAUCUCUUUACAGCUAAAUAAUUUAUUGUUAAAAACUGAUGGAGACGAAGAUAAUGGAAGUGGAAGUGAAAGUGGAAGUGGAAAUGGAAACUCUAAUACUGAUCAUCAUAACUAUGAUAAACCUGUUUUCAUCAGUUUUUUCACUGGUUCUUUAUAUGCUUUGUAUUUGGUUCCUGAAUUUUUUAAAAUACUUAAAAGACUCUUUUUGAAUCAAAAAGUUACUAUUUUUCCUUCUUAUACUUCUGAUAAUCUUGGUGAUCUUAACACUGUUCGGAUCAAUUAUACUAAUUAUUUUUUCAUUAUAAUAAUUAUUUCCUGGUUGUAUUUUUUUUACAAUUAUGCUGCUUUGGCUGCUUUGCAAUACACAUCUGCUUCUAAUGCCACAAUUUUAAACACUUGUACCUCUAUUUUUACUUUGAUUUUGGGAUGUAUUUUAAAAAUUGAGAAGUUUAAUGUUAUUAAAUCCAUCAGUGUUAUUUUAUCGGUGAUUGGUAUUUUUUUUUUAACGUUUUUAUCGAAUCAUACCAGUGCCACUAGUAUUUCUAAUAAUGAUAAUAAUAUUGUUGUUUUCUAUAAAGAAAAUGCAAUUUUGGGAAAUUCUCUUGUUUUAUUAAGUUGUUUUUGUUAUUCUGUUUAUCUUUUAUUUAAUCAAAUUAAGAUUGGAUCCACUCAGAAUCAUGUAAAUGAUCUAAAAUCAAAGAAUUUUGAAAUAGUUGAUGAUGAAUCAUCUAUAUUUGAUUUUUCAUUACAAAAUUGCAGAGUGUUAUUUGGGUUUGUUGGUUUGUGUACAUUUUUAACAUGUUGGCCAUAUGUUAUGUUAGCUGAUUUUACGGGAUUAGAAAUGUUUGAAAAUCCAUUUUUGAUAAAAAAAAUAUUUUUAAUUUUAUUCAUGACUAGUUUGUUGACGGUUUUAUCAGAUUACUUUUGUGUUUUGGGAAUGUUAUUAACAUCUCCUUUAACAAGUGCUAUAUCGUUGACCACAGCGAUUCCUAUAACAAUGUUAUUAGAUUCAUUAAUAUACGGGUUUAGUAAAAAAUCUGUGUUUUAUUAUUUUGGAAUUUUAUUGAUUUUUAUAAGUUUUAUUCUUGUAAACUUUCAAAAUUCCAAUGAGAUUAUUAUAAAUAAUGUCGAGGAAAUUAUCGAUAGUGAAUUUUUUGGGAAUGAUAAUAUGAAUGAUUGUGGUCAUGAUAAUGAUAGCAAUGACAAUGAUAACAAUGACAAUGACAAUGAUAAUGGUAUUAUUAAUUUAGUUGGAAGUAGUGGUAGUUAUAAUAAGAAUAGGAAUAAGAAGAAAAACAAUAAUGUUAGUUUCAAUGGGAAUGAUAAAGUCAAUGACAGAGGAGAUGAAAAUAGAAAGGAUAUUGAGAAUGGGGGUGAACUUGAGAUUGAGAAUGGUGGAAAAGGAAAAGGAAAAUCAGUUGAUUUGUCACCAAUCUUAUCAUCAAUUUCUAAUUUGAAAAAUUCACCUAUAUUAAUGGUAACAUCACCAAUUUUAUUUUCAAACAAUUUAAUUGACAAUAUUUUUAACGAGAAUUUUGAUAAUAAUCAGGAUAUUCCUGAAUUUUCUAUUGAAGAAUCCGAUCAAAAGCAAUUUUUAGAAAAUUUGACAAUAAAUUGAAUUGAAUUGAAUUGAAUUGAAUUGAAUUGGUUGUUUUUUUAUUUGUUUUGAUAGAUUGUAACUUCGGGAUAUUUAUAUUGGGUUUUGGUUUGUUAUUUUCGUUUUGAUUUAUUUUGAUUUAUUUUGAAUUAUUUCAAAUUGUUUCGAAUUGUUUUAUUUUAUUUUAUUUUAUUUUAUUUUAUUUUAUUUUAUUUUAGAUUUAAUAAACGUGGAUUUCUAUAAAUUUUAUAA